AUGCUUCCUCAUAUCGCUCCCAUAGCAAUCUCUUUAGGCGUCAUACAGCUUAGCAUUCGUCAAACCUACUGGAAAGACCUGACCGCUAUAUCAGACGACGCGAGAUCGCAGCUCGCCUCCCUACAAGUCGCUGCAAAAGCCCAUGAAGUUCUGGUCAUAUUUUCGCUAACCACGGUGCUGUUUCAUCAUAUCAAACAUCAGCUGUCAUCUCCUCACGGCAUCACGUUCGGGGUGCUGACAUCCGGCUAUCUCGUGGGUACCGGAGGCUAUCUCAUCCAGCGCGACUUCUGGAACAGCCUCCAUUCCGCAAAACACGGACUUCCGUGGCGAAACUGUUGGAGGAAGACAUGGCUCAUCAUCUUCAUGUUGAUUGCCACUUCGGUGGCCAUCAUCCCUUAA